AUGAAGGCAAUCGAAUGGAAAUUGAACCAUAGAAACUUUGAACGAGCCAUUUCGGGAACGCUCCUCGACCGCCAUCCCCCUGAACUGGACGCUGCCAGGGAAGAUCUCUAUAACUUUGGCGUUUCGCGCAUAACCAAGGAAGAGGCCUCUCACCUCGUCAACUACACUUACCGCUUACCUGGAGAUGAAGACCACUACGUGAUCGAGCUCGACGUCUUCCACCAACCCCAUUGUUUAAACAUGCUUCGCAAAGCCAUUAACGCGGAUUACUAUCCGGAGACAAACCAUUUCGAUGCGAAACACUGGAGCCACUGCAUCGAAAGCAUCCGGCAGUCCCUGAUCUGCUCUGCGGACGUUAUGCCCUCGUGCGGCAGUGGGUAG